AUGCUUGGCUUUGUGCUCGGUGGAGCACUUGGCCCGAUUCAAACCAAGCUUCCCUUAUUCAUUGUGCUUUAUGGAAUCUUUUUGACUCUUGGAGAGAUUGGCCCUGGUUCCACCAUUGUGCUCACUGCCAGUGAAAGCUUCCCUACUGCAGUGCGUGGCCAUGGUGUGGGGUUGGCUGCGGCUUGGAGUAAAGCUGGAGCCGCGAUUGGAACACAGGUCUUCAAGCCGAUUUUGGCCAGCUGGGGCGAUGACAGUGUUCACGGAACCCAGGCUGUCUUUUUGAUUGGCUCUGGUUUUGCCGUGCUCGGGUCACUGCUGGCUUGGUUUGUUCUUCAGGAUAGCGAUACCAUCCUAGAUCAUGGAGACCAGGAAUGGAAAGACUACCUGGUUGCGCAUGGUUAUGGUCAUAUCGAAUGGGGCGUGGAGGAACAACAACAUCAACCGGAUAGCAAAGUCAUAGACUAG